GUGAUACCUUCCUCAACGCGCUCUGCAAGAGGGCGAACCUUUGGCACGGCCCUACAGUCGGUACGGCCGCCGCAGACUUGCUCCGUGCGAUCGUCGGCUGUCUCGACACCCUGGGAACACAGAAAGCUCGUAACUUCGUCUUCGCCCUGCUCCAACCUUUCGUCAGUCCGGCUGUCCUAGGAUUCCUGCAGAGUCUCGAGGACCAUGGCAAUACCGCUCGUCCUUUGCAGUCUUCCUUCACAUUCUCGGUCCAACGCGAGCGUAUACCGGAAGAGAUGUCGGCAACGAAAACCUACGGCGUCUUCUCUCUGGGAAACCAAUCGACAUGUCACCGGUAGCCUCGUCGGCGGACAGCUCGAUAGGGUUGAAAAGAAACCGCGACAAUCAUGGGCAAGAUCCUGAAGCGACCGACGCGCCCUCUGGCACUGACGCGGAUGCUCGCGAGGAGGCUCCGGGAAGUAGCGACAGCGGUACCGCGGCAGGCGAUGUGAUCGAAGGGUCUCCGCCUCAGAAAAAGCAGAAGGUUCACGGUAGCGUCUCCUCCAUCCCGAUACCCUCUAUUACCGUCGCAGACCCGCUCGUCGGCACCACGAAGGUGCCGCGCACGAAGAAUCGUGGGUCGGAAGGCAAAUCCAAGCAGCAAGCCGUGCAGGGCACGCUCUCCGACAUCAGCAAGGCCUGCUCCCUGCGUCACGUCUCGUCCAAGUUCUUGUCAUCUGACCACGGUCCGUUGACUUUCGGCGACAAAGUCGAUGCGCUCGUUGGUGGAAUCACGUUCCGGUAUGUUCUCUUCGCGGUCUUGGACGACGCUGCGCCAUCCGGCUCGCUCAAUGCGCAUCAAGCUACGUGGGCCCACCGUACGCUGUUCUCCGCGCAGCUCACCAAGCGCGUCGCGUCAGCACUCGGUUUCCCGGAGGCACCGAAGGAGCACGAUCCGUUCAUGUGCGCUCUAGGCCGCGCGACCUACAAUCGGUCCAUCCAGGAGAUUCGUGAUACCAUUUUUGAGAUCUACGAGCCUAUCGUUCGCUCGGUGAUCAAGGCCGUUGCACCGCUCCAGAGCACCUCGGAUGAUACGCGCUCGCUUGAUUCGCGCCGACAGCACCUUCGUGACCUCCUCGAGCUUAGCUCGCAAGGGUAUGAAUACCACUCCUGCCUGUCUCCAUUCGAGACAGUCCUGACCACCGCCGACCACAUCGUCGCUGCGAUGCUCACCGAGGACCUCCUUACGGAUCUGGGUAUCAUCCGGCCAGUCGUUUCAUCUACGUAGGAGCUUCUGCAUGUGCUAGAGGAGGAGUCUCUCGCCGUGAUCGCUUGCCGCAUUCGUGUAGGAGUCCUUUCGAAGUCUUUCACUCGUUUUUUCUUUCUAUCCUUUUUCUGUAUCUGUUCUCGUUCGGUGACCUUGCACAGCCUACCUAUUCUUGUACCAUGCACUACCCUCGGAUUACACCACACUGCACCACUAUGUACCCCAUGGCGUCCGGUCUUCCGCGCUUACACACUAUGUAUCGCUAGGAUUCCCGUCUUUUGUAGCAAUCUGCUGCUUUGCUCAACCGCACUUCAUGUUCG